CCCUUGCUUCCAUCAAGCCUAACCCUUCCUCAUUUUUGUGACCCCAUGGCUAUUCUUGUCAAACUCAAUAAUCGCCAGUAAAUGAAACCAACCUGUAGCUACCAUUUAGUGAGUCAUUCAAUUCAACACGCGCUAUUUGCAGUUCCUGAACUUCUUGCCUAUAUCAGGUAUAAGCACAUGCACUGCAUGAAAACUGAGGAUCAGAACAUGGAAGGAGAAAGAAGGAAGAGGAAAUUAGGGAAUGAAGAAGAAGAAAGUGAAGAGCAGCAGACACUCUACGAUCAACGACAACGUCAGACGCCCCCUUCCUCCACCAUUCGCUUAGCUGUGACCCAAUAUUAAAAGCUUUGUCAACUAGUGCAGUAAGCUCCUCUUUAAACGAACGGGCAACGAUUAAAAUAGUUUUUAGUGAGUGGUGUUUCCCGUUCACCUUUGUACACUCGAACGAUCUUUAGCGGUGGAAAAAGAAAUUCAGGAAAAAGCUUGCAAUGCCCUUUUGUUCAAGGUAAAUUUGCUUUUGCCUUCCUAUUAUUUGUCUGACUUCCCUUUCAAAGAAAUUUCUUCCUUUUGAAAAUUCUCUUCUAACUAUAUGUGUAAUUUUUCAAUUUUUACUAUCUAUUCUAUAGCUGAAUCAAAUUGACAGUUUAAUUGAUAGCGUUGAAGUUGUGGAGAUGAAUAAGAUAGCUUGCACUGAGGAGUCAUGGCUAGCCACCAAAGGUUUUGAACAUUAUUGGUUGCCCCCUCAGCUCCUGAUUUUGUUUCAUUUUCUAACAGUGUAUCUUUCUAUGUUUGUGCUCACUAAUGUGUUUCAUAUUAUAGUUGUUACAUUCAUUGGUUGACACAUUCAUUUAUCCACAGUUUGAAUAGGGUCUCUUGAUUGAGAAGAAAUAUAGAGGUUGAAGAGGCGCAUGAAAAUGGUUGUCAACAAAGGCCAUAUAAUAUAGUAGAGAUGCUUUGAUGUCUCGGUUUGUUUUUUAUAUGACUUUGUAUCGUGUGUUUAUUGUUUGUUUGAAUUUUUUUGAAUAAAUUGUGAGAUUGUUCUGUCUAUCCACUAAAGUGGCAACCAACAGAAUGCAACUCUGUGCCUAAAACAACACCAGCACUCAAAUACCGCUUGAGAAUUCCUUUACCUUCACUCUAGGUGCGCUUGGGAAGACAACCCCAUAUUAAACCAGGAGAUUUGGAUUUUCCAAAUAAAACAUGUGUGACACUAGCAUUGAAAUACUUUCCAUGUCAUCUACUCUUAAACCAGAAAAAUUUAUGAAAAUAUUAACCAUGAGCUUUUACUCAUUGUCUAAUAAAUCCAAAGAAUAGAACAAGACAAAAGUAGGAGGAGUGCUCUAAAAAUCACAUACACUCAAUAUCUAUCGUCUAAGUCAAUCGGGUGCAAGAGGAAUCGCAUAUGGAUUAGUAUCUAUAGGAUAACUGUAUAAACUCAUUGGGAACAUCAUACACUUUCAAAAUUUUGUUUUGGUUGUAAUAUUUGAGAAUGAGCUAGAAAGGCGCUGAGAUAGUCAAGGCAGUAGAUGGAAUAAAAAUAUUGGGUCAGUUUGUGUGGAGUGAUGAGAGGAAGUUAGCAGAAAAUAUUUUUAGAGUUGGGACCUUUUGGUUUUUCUUAUAUGUACUUUUUAGAUUUUCCUAUUAGGCUCUGGUCCUUGCAUUUUCCAAGUGCAUGUUGUUGGAUAACCUCCAACUGACAUUUGGUAAUACUAGGGAAAGAGAAAUAUUGGUGUGGUGACUUGGUUGACAGAUAGCCCAAAUGGAAACAUUAACUUUUCAUUUUUCUUGCAGCUAUAUAACAUGAUUAAGUAAGCAGCUAGUACAAAAUUCAGUAUGCAAGUAUGAAGGACACCAUUUUAAGUUUUCAGUCUUUCAAAAUUGUGUUUUGGAAUAAGAAGACUGGGACAAUUUGUUUGGCGUGAUGAGGAAGUGACCACAAAAUACAUAUAGAGUGAGACCUUCUAGAUUUUCUUAUAUUUACUUUUAAGAUUUGCCUAUUCGGCACCACUCCUUUCACUUUCUUUCAUACAAGUGCUCCCUGCAUGUUGUUAAAUAACCUCCAAGUGAGAUUUGGUAAUACUAGCGAAAGAGAUUGGUGUGGUGACUUAGAUGACAUAUAGCUCAAAUGGAAACCAUAGCGUUUUAUUUUACUUGCAAUUGUAUAACAUGAAUUAGCAUACAUGUGGUGCAAAAUAUAAUCCCCAUGUGUGAGGGACACCAUGAUUUAGCAAGCAACUGGUAAAAAAUCCAAUCUGCAAGUAUGUGAGACACCAUUUUCCAAAAUAUUGUUUUGACUGGUGAUGAUUGAGAAGGAACUAGAUAUGUAAGGCUGGGAAGGUCAAGGUAAAUAGAAUGAGAAAAAGAUUGGGGUUGUUUAUCUGAAUUGAUAAGGUCGAAAGCAUAUAAUAUUUAUAGAGUAAUUAAAGGUUAAGGGAUACCGACAUACUGUGGAAGGUUUAUUGUAGUAGCAUUUAGUUAUCUACACGACUACACCUAUGUCGUUAAUUUAGAUAGGAAUGCAAAAGUUUUGAUGACCUAAUCUAUAUUUUGGUGCAAACCUAUGAUGUUGGUUUUGACGCAGAAAUAAUGGAAACAAGAGUUUGAGUGAGCCCUUGAGUCGAGAACUCUUAGGCACAACAAAACAACAAAUUCUGGUUAUGGAAAAGGUUAUCAGAUCAGAGGUUAUCGGUGCGUUUAAUUUGCUGUCAUCACCACCGAUCCCUUCAUCGAACUUUCUUCUGCAAUCCACGUUAAAUGCACUACCAAUGAUCCCUCAUACUAGACCUAGACCUGUGAUUCUGUGAAUCAAUUCUUGCGACUAAGGGUCCAGAAGGAAGAAUCAAUUGAGCUUACUUUAGAACCACUCAACAACACCAUUAUCAGUGCUAGAGAAGAUGUUAUAUUCAUGUUUGGGAUUCUGAGGUGGGAAAACUUCUUAGGUUGUGUUUGGAUGGGGUGAUUUUUGGGGGGAAUGUAAUUCUAGAGGGUAUUUUAAAUCCCUUAAAUUGAAAUACCUUGUUUGGAUAUUUAUUUGUGGAAUUCUGAAAAUACUGGUAAUUAAAAGAGGUAAUUUAAUGAAGGGAUUAUGGGGUAAUCAAAAUACCCUCAAAAUUGGAAGUAAUUGGAAAAUCCCUCACUGGCUCGUGUCUCUCACUCUCUCGUUCUCGCUCCCAAUCUCACUCUCGCUCCCGAUCUCAACCUCUCUGCGAUCUCGUUCUCUCGUUCUCGCUCUCCCGAUUCAUGGAGUGGCUCUUUCUUCCCUCUUCAUUCAGGCUACUGCUAUAAGUGGAUACACUAGCAACUCUGCUUCUGCCAAGAAGUGCAGAAAGAAGAAGGUAAAAAAUAUAGGAUUUACUGGCGUUUUCAGGUUGAUUUUUAAGCCGCUAGUUAAUGAAUUUCCUGGCUUUGCAGCAGUAUGUUAUUCAUUGAGGCAGAAGGAGAGAUGAGGGGAAAAAGGAAAAUGGCGGAAGCUAGUAAUGAGGAUAAGAAAGAUGAUAGCAGAGCUUACUUUACUUGGAACUUGGAGAUGGACCGUGCACUUGCUGAUAUACUUAGAGAUCACAGAAGCAUGGGAAACAAGAGUGAUGGUGCAUGGAAAGCAGUGGCAUAUAACACUGCGGCUCAAAUGUUGUCUUCACGCUUCAAUUUGCAACUUAUUGAAAGCAGUGGCAUAUAUGAUUUCUGUUACAAAUGAAGAUGCAUGGAAUGAGUAUGUCAAGUCACAUAAUGACGCUAAGAGGUUUCGAUUUAAGGUGAUUGCUAAUUGGGAUGACAUUGUAGACUUGUGUGCUAAAGAUAGAGCAACAGGAAUUGGAGCGGAGACAUCCUUGGAUGCAGAUGACAUCAUGAGCAAAGAAGCAAAUGAGGAUGGAGCUAAUAUUGUGGAUAUUGAUGCUGAUGAACAAAGCUCUACAACAAGGAAAAGCAAACAACCAAUGGAAUUCAAAAAGGGAAAAAGUGGAGAGAAGAAUGGGAUAAUUACUUCAAUGAAUAAAGUGGCUGAGUCAUUGAGUGAAUUUGUGCAAGCAACUAGAAAAGGGGUGAAAAAUGUCCAAGAAGUGGUUCAUGAUGUGAUGGAUGAGCUAAAGAACAUUCCGGACCUUAAUGGCACUCAAUGGCUAAAAGCAGUGGAUUGGCUUUCAGAAAAUCCAAAUAAGUUGGAGAUUUUGAAAGCUCUUCCCAUGGAGAGAAAGAAAGAUUACAUCUUAGCUUUUAUGCACUGAUUCGUGAUUUGCUAUAGUUUAUGGACUCAUUUGUAGUGUUUUCAACUUUUCAUUAUGCCACUGUUGAGACUUUGUUUUAUUUAUUUUUCAUUUGGAUUGAUGUUAGCACUUGUUAUAAACACAGUUUGAAAUUUAAAUAAUAGAAAAUGUGAUAUCUCGAUGAA